GGGGGGCGGGGCGGCUUCGGCGGCCUUCCUUGUCUGUCGUGGUACGAGGAGCGCGCGCGUGGACCCCGCACCGGCCGUGGAGCCGCUAUGGGCCCACCCGGCCCCGGGUUCCGCGCCGCGCGAGCACCGGCCUAGAGCCAGAACUGAAGCUACAGGAUGGCUGACCAGGAUCCUGGGGGCAUUAGUCCCCUCCAACAAAUGGUGGCGUCAGGCGCAGGGGCUGUGGUCACCUCCCUCUUCAUGACCCCCCUGGACGUGGUGAAGGUCCGCUUGCAGUCUCAGCGCCCCUCAGUGACCAGCGAGUUGAUGCCUUCCUCCAGACUCUGGAGCCUCUCCUAUGCCAAAUUGCCCUCCUCUCUCCGACCCACAGGGAAGUGCCUCCUGUACUGCAAUGGUGUCCUGGAGCCCCUGUACCUGUGCCCAAAUGGUGCCCGCUGUGCCACUUGGUUUCAGGACCCCACUCGCUUCACUGGCACCAUGGACGCCUUUGUGAAGAUUGUGAGACACGAGGGCACCAGGACCCUGUGGAGUGGCCUCCCAGCUACCCUGGUGAUGACUGUGCCAGCCACUGCCAUCUACUUCACCGCCUACGACCAACUCAAGGCCUUUCUCAGUGGUCGAGCCCUCACCUCUGACCUCUAUGCACCUAUGGUGGCUGGCGCACUGGCCCGCUUGGGCACCGUGACUGUGAUCAGUCCCCUGGAGCUGGUACGGACAAAGCUGCAGGCUCAGCAUGUCUCAUACCGGGAGCUGGGUGCCUGUGUCCGCGCUGCCGUGGCUCAAGGUGGCUGGCGCUCGCUGUGGCUGGGCUGGGGCCCCACUGCCCUACGGGAUGUGCCCUUUUCAGCCCUAUACUGGUUCAACUAUGAGCUGGUGAAGACCUGGCUGAGUGGACUCAGGCCAAAGGACCGGACAUCAGUGGGCAUCAGCUUUGUGGCUGGCGGUAUCUCAGGGACGGUGGCCGCCAUCCUGACUCUACCCUUCGAUGUGGUGAAGACUCAACGCCAGGUCGCGCUGGGAGCGGUGGAGGCUGUGAGAGUGUCACCUCUGCAUGCCGACUCCACCUGGCUGCUGCUGCGGAGGAUCCGGGCUGAGUCGGGCACCAGGGGACUUUUCGCAGGCUUCCUCCCAAGGAUCAUCAAGGCUGCUCCCUCCUGCGCCAUCAUGAUCAGCACCUAUGAGUUCGGCAAAAGCUUCUUCCAGAGGCUCAACCGGGAACAGCCUCUGGGCCCAUGAAGGGAGUGAAUGGAUGGAGGCGCUGAGGGCCCAGUUUCUUCCCUGGACGGGGUGGGGCAGGAGGAGACUGAGCCAAGUGCCUUGUCCUCAGGGGAGGGGCCUCAUUUUUCUUCUCUCUCAACUUUGAGCCCCAGAAGUAGGCCCCCCUCUGGGCCCCCCUCAGACAGCUUUCUUCCUGCUGGCCCUCAUUCCCAAGCCCCAAGGAUCAUCACUUUUCCACCCCAUCCCCCAAGUUCGAGACCAAAUCUAUUAGCCCCCCACCCACCCGUCCCCGCCCAUUUCCUUGUGUGUGUGUUGCAGCUGGGCCUGCCCCCAGGAGUCACAAAACCUUGGGCCUGGCCGAGGCUGAAUCUCCCCUGUCAAUUCCUUGAGUCUAAAGAUGAUGAACUUCUC